CACAGCUUCAAGAUGAAGUUCAGGCUAUCACCAGCCUGUUAGCAAGAUAUGUAUUUCAUUAUUUUUUUGAAAAUUGUGACCUGACGGAUCGAUUUGGAAGCAGGGAGGAUGUCGUACCUGAGAGCAGCCUGCCACGUGCUCUGCCUGGGCCUGCUCAUCCUUUCCACGGCCUUGGGGACAGAAGCAGCCUCUGAAGAUUUAUCAAGCUGUACAGGGAGAUGUGGGGAAGGGUUUUCUAGAGAGAGAGCCUGCCAGUGUGACUAUAGCUGCCAGCGCUUCAAGGAAUGCUGCCCCGACUUCGGGAAGCUCUGCGCGCCGGCGCUCUCCUGCAGCGGACGUUGCUUUGAAGCCUUCCAGAGAGGAAGGCCCUGCGACUGCGAUGCCGACUGCGAGAGGUACGGCAAGUGCUGCGAUGACUACGCAGAGCACUGCAAAGAGGCACAUGCCACAAAGCCACCACCCGAGACUUCUCCUCCGGGAAACAAAUCACCAUCUAAGCGCUCAUCCCAAAACGAGGAGGAGAAGCCAAAGGAAGAGGAGGAGACAACCCCUGCAGCCACGACCCCCAAGGAGGAAGAGACAACCCCUGCAGCCACGACCCCCAAGGAGGAGACAACCCCUGCAGCCACCACCCCCAAGGAGGAGACAACCCCUGCAGCCACCACCCCCAAGGAGGAGACAACCCCCGCAGCCACCACCAAGCCUCCCACGACCCCCGAGAAGGAAAUGACAACCCCUACAGCCACCACCACCAAGCCUCCCACAACCCCCAAGGAGGAGACAACCCCUGCAGCCACAACCACCACCGAGCCACCCACCACCCUCAAGAAAGAAGAAACAACACCUGCAGCCACAACCACCCAACCUCCCACCACACCUGACAAUGAAGUGACAACUCCUGCAGCCAUGACUGAGCCUCCCACCACCCCUAAAAAAGAAGGGACAACACCUGUAGCAACAGAGGCAACAACUAGCAAGGCAGAUGCACCCACCUCAACUGAAAGUGAGGACACUACCCCCAUAGACCCUGAGGAAACAACAACCGAAGCAGAACCUCCAACCAGUCCAGAAAAUGAAGACACUACUGCAACGAAUGAGGAUGUAACAACAGAGAAAAUCUCUCCUACUAGCCCUGAAAAUGAAGAGACUACCGCAGCCACUGAAGCAGCAGCAGAGGCAGAUGCACCUACCACUCCUGAAAGCGAAGAGACAACCCCGGCGGCCACUGAGGCACCCACGACCAAGGCCGAAGACACGACCCCUCCUGAAUACAAAGAGACAACCCUGGCACCCACCACCAAGGCAGAAGCUACGACUACCCCUGAAAAUGAAGAGACAACAACUGCCCCCACAACCAAGGCCGAGGGCACAACCCCCACUGAAGCCAAAGAGAUGACCCUGGUGGCCACCGAGGCGCCCACAACCAAGGCCGAAGCCAAAGAGACAACCCCAGCGGCCACCGAGGCGCCCACGACCAAGGCCGAAGCCAAAGAGACGACGCCGGCGGCCACCGAGGUGCCCACGACCAAGGCCGAAGCUACGCUCACCCCCGAAGCCAAAGAGAUGACCCCGGCGGCCACUGAGAUGCCGGCCACCGAGGCCCCCACCACCAAGGCCAAAGCUACGACUCUUUCUGAAACCAAAGAGACGAUCCCAGUGGCCACUGAGGCGCCCACGACCACCCCUAAAAACAAAGGAACAACAAUUUCACCCAUCAAGGCUUUCACAACUAAGGCAGAUGCUCCCAUUACCCUUAAAAAAGAAGAGACCACCCCUAUACCCACCAAGGCAAGCACAGCCAGGGCAGAUGUUCCCACCACCCUCAAAACCAAAGAGACAACCCCUGCUGGUACUGAGGUACCCACAACCAAAGGUGAUGUUCCCACCACUCCAAAAAGCAAAAAGACAACUCCUGCAACCCCUGAGUCCACUCCAGCCAAAGUAGAUCCUCCCACCACACCUAAACACAAGGAAAUGACCCCUGCACUCACUGAGGUAACUACAACCACCAAGGCAGAAGACACGACCACUCCUAAAGAGACCACCCCUAUAACCACCAAGGCAACCACAACCACCAAGGCAACUACAACCACUCCUAAAGAGACUACCCCUACAACCACGAAGACUACCACAACCACCAAGGCAGAAGAUACAACUGCUCCUAAAGAGACCACCCCUACAACCACCAAGGCAACUACAUCCACCAAGGCAACUACAACCGCUCCUAAAGAGACCACCCCUACAACCACCAAGGCAACUACAACCGCUCCUAAAGAGACCACCCCUACAACCACCAAGGCAACUACAACCACCAAGGCAACUACAACCGCUCCUAAAGAGACCACCCCUACAACCACAACCACGAAGGCUACUACAACCACCAAGGCAGAAGGUACAACACCUACAACCACCAAGAAGACUACAACCACCACCCCAAAAAAAGAAGAGACAACUCCUGCAGCCACUGAAGCAACCACAACCAAGGCAGAUAUUCCCACUACCCGUAAAACCAAGGGGACAACUGCUACAACCACCAAAGCAGCUAAAAAGAUUACAACUCCUGCACCGAGAGUGACCACCACCACCUCUGGAGAACACAUGACUACAGCAGGACAGAAGCAAGUAACAAAACCAGCUAAACCCAUAGUAUCUGAAGAGCCCCUCGGUUUUGAUAAGUCAGAUGAGGAAAACAGAGCAACCACCAUGGCCACAGUCUCAGAAGCAAAUAUAAAAGAGGAAAAGAACCUGUGCAACGGGCAGCCGGCGGACAGCGUGGUGGCCCUGCAGAACGGGACGCUGGCCGUUUUCCGAGGUCACUACUACUGGCUGCUGAACGGACGGAGGCCACCGACGACCGAGCCCCGACGCAUUAGCGAUGGCUGGGGCGUCCCGUCGCCCAUCGACACCGUCUUCUCCCGCUGCAACUGCGACGGGAGGACCUUCUUCAUCAAGGGCGCUCUCUACUGGCGCUUCACCAAUGGCUUGAUGGACGCCGGCUACCCCAAGCCCCUGGCCAGGGGCUUCGCGGGGCUAAGCGGGAAGAUCGUGGCAGCCCUGCCCGUGGCCAGGCACCACAACCGCCCCGAGUCCGUGUACUUCAUCAAGAAAGGUGGCAAAAUACAACAAUACAUAUACAAACAAGAAGCAGUCAAGACUUGCAAAAACAAACCCCGGGUUACCAUAAAAUACCCAGCGUAUGUCCCGACCCUCGUCAUCAGGAGACGCUUCCAACGUGCAGUGAGGUUGCAGGCUUUCCACACUGUCAGAAUCAACUCCCAUCCAGCUGAAGUCUUACGUAAGGAAGUUAAAAUCACUUCCUACUGGAGAGGACUCCCAAAAAUAAUUCACUCAACCCUUUCAGUACCAAACUACAAUAAACCAGACGGCUACGACUAUUAUGCCUUCUCCAACAAUCGGUACUACAGUUUGGACGUGGGCAGCAAAACAGCAACAUCAGUUACUUAUCUCACUGGAAAGACUGUAACCAAAGACUGGUACAACUGUCCUAAGUGAUGCAUACCACAGGAUGUUUCUU